AUGGGUAAAAAUAAGAAGAAGGCCAAUAAAAAGGCUAAACAAUCUGAUAAACAUAACAAUGGUUCUGCUGUAAAUGAAACAGAAUCCACGAUUCAAAUGGCCGAAUCUAACAACGUCGAUAAAACGAAUGUUGUAGAAAUAGAGGCUGAACUUACAGAUACUGCUGUUGUCGACGAACCAUUAAUUGAUAAAAAAGAACAGGAUGUUGUUACAUCUUUUUCUGUAAAUAAUACAAUUUCUUCCAAUGGUGAGGAAGUCAAGGAACUACAUGAUGAAAUAAAUACCUUAAAAAAAGAAUUAGAAGAAGAAAAAAUGAAAAACAAGAAAACUGACAAUGUAAAAGAGUCAAACAACGAUUCUCCAGAUAUUACUACGUUGCAAAAAGAACGUGAUCAUUUUGAAGAACAAUAUAAUACUUUGUUGAAUAGGUUGUCAGCAAUGAAAACGAUCUUCAAUAACAUGAAAGAAGCACAAUUGGAAUUGGAGACAACAAAAGAUCAAUUGAAUGAAUAUGAAUCCCAAAAUUUAAAACUUAAAAAUAAAAUUACAUCCAUAAAUACAGAGAAUGAAGAAUUGAAAGCAACUGUUGUGACAUUAAACAAAGAAUUUUCAAAUAUGGAGGAAGAAAAUGAAUCACUAAAUGAAAAUAUAAAAACUCUGGAGCAUUACAAGAAAAAAAUUGAAUCUGACAUCGAAGAUGCAUCUCAAACUAACAAUGUUGAAUUAAAAAAGAUGACAGAUCGUAAUGAUAAGCUAAUUAUUCAAAUUGAGGAUCUAACUUUAAUCUUGGAUACUCAGAAACAAAGUAUUUCUGAUUUGACAAAUGAAAGAGAUGACUUAAAAGAAAGCUUAGACAAGACACAAGAAGAACAAAAAAAUCAAAUUACUACUAUAAAGAAGUUAGAACAAGAGCUUGAGUCCAUCGACAAUUCUUCAAAAUCUAAUAUUGGUGCAAAGGACCAAGAAAUCAAAGCGUUACGAGUUCAGUUAGAUAGCCGUGAGGAAACUAUCAAAGAACUGGAAGAGAAAGAUCAAAUAUUGAAAUCAAAGAUCGAAUCUUUGCAAGAUAAUGUAUCUGAAAAUGAACAACUUGAAAAGAAGACUAAGGAUCAAGUAUUACAAAUCGGCAAAUUGAAACAUGAAGCCAUUAUACUUAACGAACAUCUAAAAAAAGCCUUAGCAAUGUUAAAACAAUCUAGUGAUUCCGAGACUGUGGAUAAAGAAUUAAUAUCGAAUCUAUUGAUUUCUUUUGUAUCAAUACCAAGGGCUGACCCCAAGAAAUUCGAAGUCCUUGAACUCUUGUCAAGUUUCUUGAAUUGGGAUGACGACAAAAAGAGACAGGCAGGGCUAAUAUAUAGUUCUGAUAAUAAUGGUAAUUCAGGACAGGCUACUUCCAAGACUCAAAGUUUCGUUGCUCUAUGGACAGAAUUCCUAGAAAGAGAAAGUGAAAAGGAAGCUUAA